AAGAUGGCGGACCAUUAGAACUGAAAGAAAAGGGGCGGAUGCGUGACGCUUUCACCGUCGGAAGUGUUUCAAGUUCCAGCAUGAGACGAAGAGAUAGGCUCCGCGUCUGCGAGUAAACUCUCCGGCGUCACUAUGGCAGCGCUCGUCAGAUUUGGAGUGCGAAUAAACACGCAGAUAACUGCUUGCAGUGCAUUACCCCAGAGCUCCUUCAUGCCCAUCCAUUGUAUGGCAGCCCGGUACCGCACAGGCCAGCAUCCCAGUCAUUCUAAGGGUGAGCUGAGAGAAGUAUUCAGUGGACACAGAACCCCUGCAGUGGCAUCACAAAUAUGGAGACCUCUUCAUGUCACUCACAUGAACCAGACAACGAAAGACAAGCUUCAGCCAUCAGAGGAAGAAGUUUCAACUUUUACAAAAAUAAUUGAAGCAAUGGGUUUCACUGGACCUCUGAAGUACAACAAAUGGAAAAUAAAAAUCGCUGCCCUGCGCAUGUAUACUUGUUGCGUGGAAAGAAUAGAUUACGAUGAAUUUUUUGAAAAAUGCAGUCUGCCGGACACACUAAACUCCUGGUUCCUUGUAACUCAACUUCAUGUCUGGAUGUGCUUGGUGCGGAUGAAGCAGGAAGGCCGUGCUGGAAAGUAUAUGUGUAGAUACAUAGUCCAUUCUAUGUGGGAAGAUGUUGAACAGCGUGGGAAAGUCAUGGGGAUUGAUUCUGUGACCCUGAAGAACAGUAUGAGAUCUAUGACUGAGAUUUUCUAUGCUGCAAUAUUCGGCUAUGAUGAGGGAAUUAUAUCUGAUGACCGAAUUCUCGCUGCUGCCUUGUGGAGGAACCUUUUCAACAAACAAUGUGAUGACCCCCGAAAGCUGGAACUAAUGGUGGAAUAUGUACGGAAACAGGUGCAGUUCCUGGACACUCUCGAUGGAGAAGACCUUCUGUUAACUGGAGAAGUGGCCUGGCGCCCUCUGGUGGAGAAAGAUGCUCAAAGCAUUUUGAAACCGUCAAAACCAACCUAUAACGAUGAAGGACUUUAAAUAGUCGUAGAGGACUUCAUAACCUAACCCAGUAGGAUGCCAAGAGAGAAGCCAAAUGACAUGGGUCACCCCCCAUGGUUUAUGUGUUUGUCGGAAUGUGACAAAGUUUUUGGAGUGAAUUAGUUUACAUAAAAACAAUCAGGGAAUUACUGUACAUGCAAAUGGCGCUAACACAAUCAUUGCCCCCCAUUAGUUGGAUUGGGGUCUGAAUUAUACUGUGUGAUAGAACCAUUCAUUGCCCUUCUUGGAUUGAAGAAGUUGUCUGAAUUCAUGCUCACUGCUAAAUUUCUGUUUUUUUAUUUGGAAUAUAACAAUGUCUUUGGUAGAAAAGAGCUUGUUUUUUCCUGUUCUGGUUCUUCCACAUGGGUAGAAAAGUACGCCAGUUCCCCAGUUGGUAAUUUGCUUUGAUGGGUCUUGUGCAGUUAGAAUAAUGAAAACCGGUGUCUGAUUGGUCGAUAACAGAUGCACCCGUGCUACAAAUAUAGGGGUCAAGUUUGUUUGUAUGUAGGAUAGCCUUUUUUCGUAUGUUUAUACUUCUCACAAAUUGCUUAAUCAAGGAGUGAAGAUAUACGUGUGUUAUUGAGCUGAAGAGUUGGUUCAUCACAGUUCUUCUUGUGUUUUGUCUUCAUACACAAGACGAACAUACAAUAGAACAUGUUAUAUUUCUGUGUGUCCCAUAUGCCAAAAGUCAUUAAACAUGCAAUAUUCCGAAGCCUCAAUCUCAUUUUAUGGAUAUUUCACCUUGUUUUAAGUAGAUUUCUUUUGGGGAGAAACUAUUAUUCAGGUUGCAGCUGAGGGAGAAGGCUAAUUUUGGGGCAAAGCAGAUAGGGCCUUUCCUCAUGGUCCUUCAGGUAUCUCACUGGCCACCAGAUGUACAUAAAAAAAGUAUGACAUUGCAGUUAAGUCAUACUCUAAUCUAUGGCCUCAUAUGUGCUGUUGAUGUAAAACAGCAUCACUGGAGGCCAAAGGCUACCCAAUAGUGCUGGCAUUUGUAGGUCAACGACAUCUCAGUGGCUGCAUAUUUUGUUCAGGUAUAACUUUACAUAUUUUAUUUGGGUAUGACUUCUCAAACCAGUUCUAGAGCACACUGAGCACAUUUCAUGAAAGUGUCAAAGUGCAUCUUGCUGUUGACGCACAUUUAGACUUUGAGAUGUUCUUCUGUAGACCACAUCUUGGAGAAAGGCUGUUCCUGUUUAUAUAGAGCUAGUCACCUCUAUAUAUGCCAUGCCAUUUGUUGAUCUGUUUUGCAGCAUCUUUAGCAUGUUCUACCUAUACAUUAUCCCUCUAACACUGUGGCAGUGACCCUCAGCCUUUUCUUAAAAUUACACAUUCUGGAGCACAUGAGACUUUUCCUGUUACUCUUUGAGCUCAAAAUGGUUGAGUUUUAUCAUGGGUCAUAGAGAUCAUUAUAAACGUUAAAUGUAUUCCCUUCUCUGUUAAUGCUACCUAGUGUUUUAUUUUCAUUGCAUUAUUGUUUGUAAUGCUAAAAUAAAAAAAUAUAUAUAUUCAUGUUAAA